CGCACGAACUCACUCCGUGCCUCACUCACUCACACACACAGUGAGAGAGAGAGAGAGUUUGAAGACGGAACGCACGCGGGUUUUGAGCUCAGAGCGGCGGCGGCGGCGGCGUUGUUGGUGUUGCGCGCGCGGACUCGGUGGAAGUGCUGGACCGGCUCGUGCGUGCGCUUUAACGACUUUACACUGCUGGAGUUUUUUUUUUAAUUUGUUGUCGCUGGUGGACCAUAAAGCCCGGUGCGCGAGCGAGAAACCAACAGGAACUUAAAUAAUCAUUUUAAAAUAUUAUUAAUAAAAAAACAAAAACAAAAAAGACGAAAGAGGUUUUUUUCCAACUCAACUUUUUUUCCUUUCUGAUGUGAACACACAUUUUCUCGGUUUCACGGAGGAGUUUUUUUUUCUGCGGCUUUGGUUUCUAUUAUUAUUAUUUUCUAAGAAUCAAGAUCUCUGCAGAUCUGAGAGGACUGAAGCGCGUUGGACACGAUGGAUAUCACACACACGCUCACACACACACUCCUGCUACUCGCGUGCUGCUGCUGCGGCUCCACGGUGCGAGCAGAGACAGAAGGUGAGAAGUGUGGUGGACCCAUCGAUGCCACCAACGCGGGAUAUAUCACUUCACCUGGUUACCCUUUGGAGUAUCCACCGCACCAGAACUGCGAGUGGGUAAUUACAGCCCCGGAACCCUCCCAGCGCAUCCUGCUGAACUUCAACCCCCAUUUCGAGCUGGAGAGGCUGGAUUGCAGGUAUGACUUCAUUGAGAUCCGAGACGGGAACUCAGACUCUGCUGAACUUCUGGGCAGGCACUGCAGCAACAUCGCUCCCCCAGCCAUCAUCUCCUCCGGCCCGGUCGUCAACAUCAAGUUCGUCUCUGAUUAUGCUCACCAAGGAGCCGGGUUCUCAUUGCGUUACGAGAUCCACAAGACUGGCUCAGAACACUGUUUCCGGAAUUUCACAGCACCAACUGGCGUGAUCGAGUCACCCGACUUCCCGGACAAGUACCCUCACAACCUGGAAUGCUCCUACAUCAUCAUCGCCCCUCCUCAGACAGAGGUUACCCUCACCUUCAAGACCUUCGACCUGGAGAAUGACCCUUUGCUGAUGACUGAAGCUGAAUGCAAAUACGACUGGCUGGAAGUGUGGGAUGGACUGCCCCAGGUUUCUCCACUGAUUGGACGAUAUUGUGGCAUGAAGAUCCCUCCAGAGAUUGUGUCCUCCACGGGUCUCCUGUCCCUCUCCUUUCACACCGACAUGGCGGUGGCCAAAGACGGCUUCUCUGCGCGGUACAACAUGACUCGCAAAGAUGUAACCGACAGCUUCCACUGCAACACUGUAUUUGGCAUGGAAUCAGGAAAGAUCUCAGACGAUCAGAUUUCCGCCUCAUCCUCGUUCUAUGAUGGCCGCUGGCUUCCUCGCAUGGCCCGUCUCAACAACGAGGACAACGCCUGGACACCUGCAGAGGACAGCAACAAGGAGUACAUUCAGGUGGACCUGCACUUCCUGAAGGUUCUAACAGGCAUUGCGACCCAGGGCGCUAUCUCGAAGGAGACGCAGAAGUCAUACUACGUCACCACCUUCAAGCUGGAGGUCAGCACAAAUGGAGAGGACUGGAUGAUGUAUCGGCAUGGCAAGAACCAUAAGAUAUUCCACGCGAACACUGAUCCAUCCGAAGUGGUUCUGAACCGCAUUCCUCAGCCCACUCUGGCCCGGUUCGUCCGCAUCAGACCCCAGACGUGGAAGAAUGGCAUCGCUUUACGCUUUGAGCUCUACGGCUGCCAGAUCACAGACGCUCCAUGCUCCGAGCUCCAGGGUCUUCUCUCUGGACAGCUUCCAGACUCGCAGAUCUCUGCGUCCUCGUUUCGAGAUCUCAAUUGGUCCCCGAGUGCGUCGCGUCUGGUGGCUAGCAGGUCCGGCUGGUUCCCCGCCCCACCGCAGCCACUGGCCGGAGAGGAGUGGCUCCAAGUGGACCUGGGAACAGCCAAGACGGUGAGUGGCCUCAUCACUCAGGGAGCGAGAGGCGGAGACGGAGGAACAAGCUCGGAAAACCGGGCCUUUGUACGGAAGUACCGCCUGGCCCACAGCGUGAACGGAAAAGACUGGAACUUUGUGAUGGACAGCAAAACCAGCAUGCCUAAGAUUUUUGAAGGGAACGUACAUUUCGACAUGCCCGAGUUGCGGCGGUUCGAGGAGCUAGUGGCUCGGUUUGUCAGGAUUUACCCUGAACGCUGGUCUCCUGGUGGCAUCGGCAUGAGGAUCGAGGUUCUGGGAUGCAGCCUUCCAGAAACGUCCACGGUUACCGUGCCAACAUCCACGGUCACUCGCUCUUCCCCUGCAGAAAGCAGCACGGCUCAUAAACUCAACUCCCCAACCUCAAGCACAUCUCCAGCAUCUCCCCCCUCUUCCAUGGUCCUGUGUGAUUUUGAGCAAGGUUUGUGUGGAUGGACUCAUGACCUGAACUCCGACAUCAUCUGGGCUUUGCACACCUCCAGCAAAAUCACAGCCCAAGGCCAGAGUCAGGACCUCUCUUUAGGCUCUAACAGUCUGGGAAACUACCUGUACGUCGAAGCUAGUCCCAAAACACAGGGAAAAAAAGCCAGGCUCUUCAGCCCAGAGGUAGGACCCGAAACAGGGCCUCUAUGUUUAAAGUUCUCCUAUCAGCUUGAGGAUGAGGGAACCCUCCGAGUGCUACUGCGUUACCCGCUUCAAGAGGAAACCCUGCUCUGGGUUCUCCAUGGCAGCCAGGGUUCCAUGUGGAAGGAGGGACGUACCAUCCUACCUCGAUCACCUAAGGAAUUCCAGGUGGUCAUUGAAGGCAUCUUUGAAAAGACAACCACAGGCCACAUCUGGAUUGAUAAUAUUCAUCUUAGCUCCAGCACGCCACUGGAGGAAUGUACACACCCUUUUGCUGCCUUUCAACCUGAUGUGCCUGGGGGAGCCCUACCAGGCAGGAGUGAGCCAACUGUAGAUACCCUGUCAGUGCCACCUAUUUCCCCCAACUGGUAUUACUUCAUGGCUGGCGGAGGUGCCAUCUUGUUCCUGGUCAUUGCCGUUGUCAUGGCCAUUGGCUGUCGCCGCCUGACAGCCAAGAGGAGCCGACCCACCAUGGCCUACUAUAGUCCCCACAGUGCUUACUACCCAAAUGGUGCCAUGCCCAGAGCAGGGGGGGGUCCUAAGUUGACUGUUUGGGUCGAGAAGGGGGAUGGAAACUCCUACUGGUGAGGAGACUGUGAUAGACAUUGACCUACAUUGCUGACAGAAGGUCAGAGGAAAAGAACUUUAGAAGAGCACUGAAAAGUUGGUUUAGUGUAAGGGAUGCCUCAAACAAGAACUAUUUUUCUUGGUACCACCUCACUUCCAACUGCUUUGGAAACUGCGCAACUGAAGAGUGGACAGGAACCAGCAUCUGCUCUAGACCUGUUGGUUUUCUUUGUGCUUUUUUUUCCUCAAUGCACCUUCACUUGCUGGAUGUGGUGAUACACUGUGAGUCCCGUUUACUGCAGAAUACCAGCCAGUGGUUGACUGGAAAAGCGCCAUAUUGGAAACCCUUCCAGUGUGGGUGUAACUGUGAUAUGACCAGGUUGAAAGCUCCUCGUGCCUGUGCCUGGUGGUAGCUCCUGGACUACCAAACCAUCAGAGACUAAGUGGACACACUGUCCAAACCAACCACCUUAAUCAUAGAUCCAAGACUUCUGCUUAUAUUUCAGAUGGGGACUGGUUCCAACUGGUUCCAUAUCAGGGCUAGAUGAAGAACUGGAUUAAGAGAUCAGGACUAAAGGACAGCUUUUAAGUUUGUGCAGAUCUAGAUAAUAAUAAUUAUUAUAAUAAUGUUGUAUAUCUAUAUUUGGUGUCAACCUGUGUGGUUUACAAAAUGAAAUGAAUCUUGGGUAAAUUUACAGCUGUCAAAAUGUUUGCACUUUGAAUAGAUCCUAGUUUUCUUUAUUGCGAGGUGGUCUGGGAAAACCCGCCAGAUGACAUUGAGGAUAAAUUUGGGAAAAGUGACAAAAAGGACAAAAAAUUAAGGUUUUGGCCAAAAUAGGAGUUUCUCUGCCUCCAGCAUAAUCAACAUAUCAUAAACACAUUGCACUAAAAUUACCUGGAAAUGGUUUUUACUUUUAGAACUCACCUUCCUGCAAAAAUCUUGCCAGGUAAGUUUCACAAACAUUGUGGUGAAAAAGGUUUUUAGCCAAGUUUUUUUUUCCCUCAAACGGUUAUCAAAAUUUGGAUAGCUUUUUGGCAUAACUGAAUGUAGCUGAAUCAAUUUGGUUUCAGAUAACGGCUGACAAAUUUCCCACGAUGCUCCUAUGCCACGUAUAAAAAUGCAGUUUUCUUCCUAUAAAAUGAUAGAAAUUCACCUGGGGUUGCAUUUCCAAGAAAAAGACAAAAGAACAAAAAACAAAACAAAAAGAAGGGGUUUCCCAGGCCGCUACACAAUUUAUGAUAUAUCUGUUUACUAUUUAGCCAAAAAAGACAGUCUAUGGACCAUUUCUAAUGAGAGUGUUGAGGGCGCUGGGGUAUUCUACAAGCAUGUGUACAAUUUUGUAUAUUUUUACAGGCUCAGGUUCAGUGAUCAGCUUGAUUGUAAUGAAGGACAGUCCAGUAAGAACCUUCCAGAACAACAACAAAUUACAUUUUAUAGAUUUUAGGUCAAAGUACAGCUGGCAUCGAUGAGGUUCACAUACAGAGAGUAAAAUUUGAAGAAAUAGAGAAAACGUUUUCAUUUCCAUAUUUCUCCAUGGCAAGACAGGGCUAGUUCUGCAUUUCCGUGCAUGUUCCUCAAAUUUCACAGCAGAAAUCCCCACAAAUAUUGCGUAGGCCCCCUCGGUACCAAGCCAGAAGUGAGGAGGCGUGCAUUAUUUCAACCAAACGGCUGUCAGUGUUUUAUUCCCUGCAACAAGCCACAUAAACAACACCAGCUGCUUCCCUUCAUAGCCUCGUCUUAAUGAGAGAGAGAGAGAGAGAGAGAGUGAGUAGUGGUGAAGGAGGGAGCUCUGUACACUCCUAACAGCUGGUAGACAUUUCGUUAUGCUGCAAGCCUUGGAGAAUUCCAGAACAAUGAAUAGUGUGCAGCACCUCCACGUGGUUUACUAGUUUUCAGAACAUUUAUUUCAAAAUAAAUAUUUUUGUUAGCGAGCACUGGAGAAAAUUUGAAGAGAGAGAAAGAAUGCUUGUUCUGCUUGUUCCCUGGUUCGUUCCUGUGCAUUUCGUAGUUCCCUUGUUCCAUAGCUUUGAGUGUGUUUCCUAGUUCCCACGUGCUAGUUUUUAUUCCCUAUUUUGAGUGUUUCCUAAUUUCCUUCUUUUGUGGCUUCCUCUUUUGCUAGUUUUGAAUGUUUUUUUCUAUUCUCCUCGUUCCCUGGGUUCUGAUUGUUUCGCCUAGUUUUCUUGCACCAAGUGACUUUCCCAGUUUCCAAGCUUUCAGAGUGCCUUUCUCAAUUAGCAAUAGUAGGAGAGAGGGAUGGAUUCAAAAAAAAGAAAAAGAAAGAGAGAGGACCUUUGUUAGAUAUUUCCAUUAGACAGAGUAUUGGCAUUUGUUUGCAGUACGCUUUUAAACUAAUCUCAUCUCGCCAUAUGUUCUUUCAAGCGUUUAAUAUUUUUAAUUAGUUAAUGGACCCGAUAGCAUUUAUUACAGCUGCUGGAAGUUUUCCUCCUUCGUUGCCCUGGAGAACGUAGUAAUGAGUGAAAGCUUUCUCCAGAGACUAAUUCCAGAAAGACUGGAUGCCAAAAUUUUUUUAUUCUCAGAUGACUUUUUUUUGUCUCCCUCUAAAAUUAAAACUAUUUUUGGCACUAAAUGAACCUCUUCUUUGGGCACGGGCAUCUCAGGGCUUGUGGACCAGUCACUGUCUUCUCAGAGGAGUUGUUAUCUCAUCCGUGUAGAGCAGAUUGCUCACAGUGGAUCCAGUCAGCCCACCACCGUCGCAUCCAUAGCACGCAGGAUUUUACAUCAAUUUUUCAGCCUUGUUUGGUUUGGACCCAGCAGGCCUCAGUUCAAACGCUUUCCUUAACAAAGGCAGCAUUGUCCCGACAAACCACCUAACGAUGCUUGACGUUCUGGCUAGUUUUAUCACCCCACACAGCUUAUGUAGGAGGUUCUGAUGUACACACUGUGUAUACUCGUGUAGAACAGGAGGAUGAUGAAGGCGAUGCACUUUCCUGUAUGAAUGUGGCACUAUACCUCAAUCUUAAAAUGAGUGUGCUGUUUGGAAAGAAAAAAUAAAAAGAAUGCAGACACGAACUGAAUAUUUUUUGCUUGAUGAAUUGGAAAUGCCCUUUUAAAGUAUGGUAAUAAAAUCUUAUUUUUCUAA